AUGGAAUUCCAUGGUCUGAACUACCGGGAUCUGGUGUUAAAUCGUCCCUAUGUUCCUCAAAGCACCUUAGAAACUGACUUUCCCACCCCGCUGCACAGCGAUGAGUACCUGUCACUGAGGGGGCCAGUGAAUGCCCCCAUCAUAAAGGAGGCCGUUCGCUGGAAAUUCACGCCCAUGGGGUGGGACGCGUUCCCUCAGACCUGGUACACGGGGCUGACCAACAACCACAACCGUGACGCCUGGUACACCCUCACUAACAACGUCGGCCGAGAGGCUUACCACCGCUGGCAAAAGUCCCACGCCGAACGGGAGAAGACUCUAGCGCCUGCUUAUGCCCAGCAUUUGAGAGAGAGCAGCUGGUACGACCCAAUUGUCCCUGCUCAGUACUUGGAACCUAGCACACGAUGGGGUGCAUUUCUUUGGAAGGACAAGCCGAUUCUUGGCAAAGAAUAUGUUGUCAACCGCAACCGCUGUGCUGAAGAACUCAAGGGGAAACCGGGCUACGUGCCUCACCUGUCUUUCCACACACCUGUUUUCACCGCCAAGGACUACCGCACCUGGGGAAGGUUCAGCCGCCAACCCUCCACCAACCAGUAA